AUGACGACCAUGGAUCUCCGCGUGGGCAACAAAUACCGCAUCGGCCGUAAGAUUGGCAGCGGCAGUUUCGGUGACAUCUACCUGGGCACCAACAUCAUCUCCGGCGAGGAAAUCGCCAUCAAGCUCGAGUCGGUCAAGGCCAAGCACCCACAGCUGGAGUACGAGGCCCGCGUCUACAAGUCGCUCGCUGGCGGCGUCGGCAUCCCUUUCGUGCGUUGGUUCGGAACAGAAUGUGACUACAACGCCAUGGUGCUCGACCUCCUCGGCCCCUCCCUUGAGGACCUAUUCAACUUCUGCAACCGCAAGUUCUCGCUCAAGACGGUCCUCCUCCUCGCCGACCAGCUCAUCUCCCGCAUCGAGUACAUCCACGCCAAGAGCUUCAUCCACCGCGACAUCAAGCCCGACAACUUCCUCAUGGGCAUUGGCAAGCGCGGCAACCAGGUCAACGUGAUCGAUUUCGGUCUGGCCAAGAAGUACCGUGACCCCAAGACCCACUUCCACAUUCCAUAUCGCGAGAACAAGAACCUUACUGGUACUGCCCGCUAUGCUUCUAUCAACACGCAUCUCGGCGUUGAGCAGUCUCGUCGCGACGACAUGGAGUCCCUGGGCUACGUCAUGCUGUACUUUUGCCGUGGUUCCCUCCCAUGGCAAGGUCUUAAGGCGGCCACCAAGAAGCAGAAGUAUGACCGCAUCAUGGAGAAGAAGAUGACCACCCCGACCGAGGUCCUCUGCCGUGGCUUCCCGAACGAGUUCGCCAUCUACCUCAACUACACCCGCAGCCUGCGCUUCGACGACAAGCCAGACUACUCUUACCUCCGCAAGAUCUUCCGCGAUCUCUUUGUGCGUGAAGGCUUCCAGUACGACUACGUCUUUGACUGGACCGUCUACAAGUACCAGAAGAACGCCCAGGCUAUUGCUGCGGCUCAGGGUGGUACUGCCGCCGAGGAGGCCGAGGAGAAGUCGGGCCGCCGCACUGCUCAGGCUACUGGUGGACAGACCGGCCAGCUCUCCAAGGAUCGUCGUGGCGCGGUCCCAGCGAGACCCGAGGGCACCGGAAUGCAACUUCGCUCCAGCAAGCGCGGUGCUGAUCAGCCUGGCUACCAAAACUACUGA